CUUACAACAGACUUACUUAAAAUCUGCAGUAUCCCGGGAUUUCAGCUGUUUCCCCAAUUCUUGCGCUCUCAGUUGAUCAUCUCUUGCUCUUCAUAGACUCACAAAUUACUCAAGGUGUUUCAUCCUGGACGACUGAUACCAAUUUGACAUCAUCAGACAAUGUCUUCCUCCCGUUUUUUGACAGCGAUCGGUGCAGCCCUACUGAUCUGCUCAUUUGGGCUUCUUCUUGUCACUUGCCUAUCUUCACCCAAUACAAGUUUGUCAAUCUUCACUUUAGUAGCAACGAGGAGAGAGUCUCGUGGAUCAAAUGGACCAUCCAUUGUUCUUGACUUUGGUCUAUGGGGUUGGUGCCGGGCAACAGCGGCAGAAUGGGCGAGAUACCCCCAGGGAUGCCUCAAGUUCGGGGGUUCGCCGGGCUACAACCCAGCUAUCAUUAUUCGCCUAAUGAUUGUCGGGGUCUCCUCCUCUAUAAAAAGCAGAGGCAUGCAUGAUUUGACACGAGGAUUCCCUUUGCCUGCUGUUGCAACUGCCACAGCUGGACUAGGAUUUCUCUCAGCUCUUGCCAACUUGAUCAAACGCAAUCGGUUCACGACGUUGGCCAGUGCGAUCUUGGCAGCUCUAUCAUUUUUGUUCGCCGUAUCGGCUCUUGGUUGCAUCUUCUCACUGUUUGAGAAGAUAAGAAAAGAGUUGCCGAGGAGUACGGAUAUCCGGCUAGCCACAAACUUGCGAAUUAUGCACGACAUCUCAACGAGAUACGGGGCUUCUUCUUGGACCUUGGUCGCUGCUUGUGCGACAUUGUUAAUCAGUACAACUAUAUUCGUACUUGCUUGGCUAGCUGAAGUGCGCCGGACACCACCGAAAGGAACUGACGAGGGCAGGGAAAAGUCUAGCUACUCGUUAUCAGAUGAUAGACUAUCGGGGGCGAAACCUUGAAUGUUCGCAGCAUGAAUAUGUAUCUAGAUAUAAUGUACGAUGAAGGAACCUACUGUCGAGUUGGAAGUCCGAAUAGUACCGCGAGCCAGAUAAGCCGCUGAGGCUGUCUUAGCUUUUAGACACAUCCAAAUCCCCCAUGCUUGUUGCAGCAUUUUGAAAAUCGUCUCAAUCUUAGCGGAUCAAGAGAGUUCAGGGGGCAUGUUGUGCCGUUCCAUCGACCUCCCGCACCGUCACAGCAGUCGUAGCUAGCAAUAAGGUCUGUAUGAGCU